AUGGAAUCAUCGGAAGUACUAUUAGCCGAGUGGUCGCCUCCGUUUACUACGCUUACGACCUUUGCAUCUCGCCGUGGCGCGACCGCGAAAGCAACAACCGACUGGUUCGAUAAUGACAGCUUCAACAUUAUGCUGUGCGCCCUCACCCGUCUAGUACACGCGCGUUGGACUCUGGCGGUUCUCUAUCUGUCCAACUUAUGGCGUCAGCUACUUCGCUUCACCAGCGCCGCGGGCAUCAAGACGCGCGAGAUGGGUGACCUCAAGUUGGACGCUCAAGCGAUCAAUGGACCAGAGACUGGGCCCCUUGACCCUGAUAGUCGGGAAUUCCCUGCUGCUACCGACGACCAAUACAAUAUUGCGCGAAGAACUUUCAUAAAGUCUCUCGACUUAGAUGCCGUCUGCGCUCUGGCAUCGCGGUACAACAACGGCAGACCGUGCCAAGUUGUGAACAGGAAAAACGGCAGCUUCAAUGUUUGCUUUUUUGUUGAAUUUGACCAAGACGGGCCCAAGUGGAUUGUCAGGGUCCCCAUCGAGCCCGCUCUUGACAAUCCUUGGGACAAGUUGUUAAGUGAAGUGGCCACCAUGCAAUACCUCGAGCACAACACUCGGAUUCCCGUCCCUCAUGUUCGUGCUUAUGGACGCAAUGCCAACUUGACUACAACCAGCACAGGGACGCACAAAUUUCUCAUCGCAGACCUCAUUCCAGGCGAGCCGCUGGAUAAGACCGUUCUAAUAAACGCCCCGGAAGAGCACAGAAAAGCCUUCUACUCUCAGCUAAUCGACAUCUUGACUGAGCUUAGGAAACUCGAGUUCCCCUUGAUAGGAUCCCUGUUGCCAGGCCCUAAUGGCAGCCCGCAUCCUAUUUUGGGCCCCGUCAUCUCCAUGUCUGCCGCCACGCUUCGGCUGCAUCCCCAGCCAACUUUCACUUCCGCCAAGGACUACAUGAGACAACAGUCCAGCCUUGUAUCAGGCUUCUACUCGCCGCCAGUGCCUGACCAUACCGUCGACGAUAUCAAACAAGAGGUUUUCGCGCUACACGGCAUGCAGCGGAUUUUCCACCAGGUCAUCGAUCCUCAGCUGGACGAGGGCCCCUUUGUGUUGAAUCAUCUGGACUUGCGGGGCGCCAACAUCAUUGUGGACAAACCCCUGCAGAUUCAGGGCAUAAUUGACUGGGAGUUUGCAAGUGCUAUUCCACGCCAAGUCUUCACCCCACCGUCAUGGAUUACUGGCCAUAAUUCGAUUGAGACGAGCAAGCAGAUGCACGCCGAGUUCCGCGACGUGCUAGAUGAGAAGACCAAGACGAAUAGCCUCUGCGGCCAACUCGGAAGGGAAUGGUAUGGCCAAUUGGAUGCGAGCAAGUCGGACAUCAACCAAACGGACAUGGCAUUUUGCGUUGCUCAUGUACUACGUCGUCCCACCGACGUCACCGACAUAUUCUGCGAUUUUUUCGCCCCGAAGCUUUCUAACAAACAUCUCGAUGAUAUGAUGGCUGAAUUUUUCAACGAGCACCAAACACUUGCGUUGGAGGUGCAACGUCGGGCGGAACACUGCGAGCGCUACACCCAAUACUUGAAGAAGCACGGGCUGUACGAGACCGAGGUGGACAAAUUGCUUGCCGCGUCCAAAGCGUUGAAGGAAAAAUGGGAUUGGAAAUAG